AUGGCGAUUAGAAAUCGAUUUUCUUUACGAUCUUUUUUAUUUAAACCCCAAUUUUCGCCACCCACCUCAGGAAUGACGCCGGAAAUUCCAUCCCACCAAGAUGGAGAUGGAGGCGAAUUCAAUGAGGAUGACAUACUUCGAAGCGAACAGGCCAACCAGGCGCCAGUAUGGUCGAUCCUUCCUUCCUACCACAUGUACAAAUCGUUAUAUAUGGGAAUGAAUGCCCCCACCGAAAACAUUCACGAGCCCCCCACCUACGAAGACGUGUCCCACACUUCCGUGUCCCACACUUCCGUGACAACCUCCAGUAUCACCGCAUCGUCACUUUCUCUCCAUAAUUCGGACACCACGGCUCCGUCGUCCAAUGAUCCCAGAGUGAUUGUGGCCGAUGAAAACACCAACGAUUGGCAAAACACGUUGUUGGAUAACAUCCACCAGUUGAAAAACUUGACCUUUUCGAACAACAAGUACGCCAAGUCCCUUAAUGUGUCGGUUCACUUUACCAAAGAAGUGGGAAAAUUGGGAAAGAAACCCACCUAUAUUGAUCCUCUGGUGUACGAAUAUAAACAAGGUGACACUGUCAACGGUCACAUCUUGAUCGAGAACACCUCGGACGAGAAAAUACGCUUUGAUAUGAUGUAUGUGGUGUUUGAAGGUUCGUUUCUUGUAGCCAAUGCCAAGAAUAAGAAAGACCGAGUUCCUGUUAAAGUCAAGCAAUUUCUCCAGAUGUUCGAUUUCACUGCAUCGUGGAACCACGGCAACAUCGACAGACUAAUUACCGAGAGUAGUCACCCAUACACAUGUCCAAAUAUCGUGGAUCCAAUCGACAACGCCAAACUAGCAGUGAAAGACAGAACUAUCCAUCCCGGUAACGUCUAUAAGCGAUUUUUCACCUUCAAGAUUCCAGCUCAGCUCCUCGACUCGGAAUGUAGUCACAAUUUACUGGGUCACACUCAUAUUCCUCCUAGUUUGGGGUCCAGUCGUCAAGAGCAAGCCAAGUAUUCGUCCAAACAAAUGCAGACUAUGAGAGUGAGAGAUCUCUCGUUUGUAGAUACCUCCAUCAGCUACGGUGUAAUGACGAGAAUCAUCGGAAGAUCGUCCAUGUAUAAUCUUGAUGAAAAUGACGAACUGGAAGGUACUCGUUUGAUCAACUCUACCGGUGAUGAGUUUGUGAUUCUCAAAGAACAAAACGAGUUUAUGCGGAUGGUUCCCGAACCAAUGGGCAAUUCGCUUGAUGAGCACUUGAUGAAGGUGACCGAGUCCAAAAUGCUUCAUGACAAUUUGGUCAACCGACUUCAACAGAAAAUCGAUAUGGGCAAUUCCAUUCUCGAAGCCAUGAAGAAUGGCAAUUAUGAUUUUGCCAUAGAUAUUUCCGACCAGGAACGAACGUUACAUGCAAGUAACGACCACAUGGGAGAUCUCAUCAAGUCUCGGCAAUUGUAUCGUGCUUGUACAAGUCGUGAUAAGAAGAUGACCAAUGUUCCCGUGGAGAAGUAUGGUGUGGCAUUUGCAUUCAAAAAGAGGAGUUUGACUGGCUCGUCCAAACCAUUGGGAAGUAUGAUGGUAUCGACGCCCAAGGUUAAUCGGGUGGUGCGGUACAUCUCUCCGUUACGGUUUCGUCCUGAUGUUAGUCAAAAGAUUGACAACAAAAGUUGGAAACUUCUGGUGCCCAUUGAUUUUUCAUUCACUUUUCCUGCUACUGCCGACCAUAGAAAUAUCAAACUUCCCGAUCUCAAAAGGGUGGAUGUGGAACUAGUUGCACUCACGUGGAAAUCAUUGAAGUAUGCUCUUCCAUACGAACUCAACCACGAUAUUAUUUUCAAAGAUCGAGUUGCUACGCACCAUUCGCUGAAAGAAGAGAGCCACAAAGUGUUUGGAGGAGAUAACAUCAAUGAAACGUACAAAAAGCCAUUUCAGAUAAUGAUGAACCAGUUAUAUGACCUCUACAAUGAACUUGGUUCCGACAAUUUCAAACUCGAAGCACAAUUGGUCGAAGAUGUAAAGAGCAUCAGCAGCUUUGAAACCAAGCACAUGAACAUGCCAGUUCAAAGCGUCACCGUUCGUGACCGCAGCGAAAACGCCACAAGCUUAUCCCGACUCCCAUGGGUGCAAAAAGAUCCAAAUACGUUUCUGCUGCAGGUGAACGUUGCAAUCGAUCUCGAGACGGUUUACCUUAAAGGAGAAAUGCCCACGGCCGAAAAAGCCCACAGCAAUUACUGUUUGGUCACGAGUUUCCAGAGCUGCACCAUUGGACGACUUUACUAUUUGAAGGUGGUUUUGAAGUUGUCGAAUAACGAUUCGGUGCGGUUUCUUCUUCCUGUGACUGUGGAGAAGAGUGCAUAG